AUGAGCAACCGACCCAAAAGGUUCCUCACCGCUAAAAUUGUUGCAUUAGUUUGUGCCACUGUCGGUGCAGUUGUCACAACUGGAAUGUCUGCAGCCAACUCUAUUACUGUCCAUAAACUGGAUAUGGAAAUCUAUGCGUUGAAGCAGCUCAUUAUCAAUAUUAAUCAGGUGAUAAAACAGCAAAGAACACUUCUCCAGGACGUGUUAACUAUUGUGGAAGACACAGUUGUUACAACAAAUUUGCAUUCCGAGAUAAUUGCCAAGUCCAGUGAGUUGCACCAAAGUCACGACUUAUUUAAGCAUGAACUUUUAUUUCAGCAUGACCCGAUAUUGUUCCACACACUUGUUUUUUUUGAUGAAGUGCAAACCGGGAUGAUUGAAUUGGCAGGGGGACGCAUACCUCUGUAUUUCUUAUCCAAGGAUAUUGUUAAUGCGAUGCUUGCCAGUGUGGAUUGA